AUGCCUCAUACUCCACCGCCUAAUAAGAAAUUGAGCAGGGCUACGAGCCUCGAUUCCCCACCCGAGAAGACAAUAUUCCGAAUAGACACCGUCGACCUUGACCUGCCUUCGACUACAAAUACAUCUAGUUCAACGGCAGCAAUAGAUGAACAGAGUCCAGAUGAUGAACAUUCUGCUCCUUCCGUUUUGUUCCCAUCGAUGAGGUUGAUGCUAGCCGCAAUGCUAUGCUGCUGUUUCAUCACCCUAUCAAUCUCGUCGUCGAAUUUGGCUGUUGCACUCAUAUGUAUGACUUCUUGCCCGGUUCAUGGUUAUGGAGGAACACUGGAAUGGCAAUCCCAACAAGAAGGCCUGGUUCUUGCUGCUCAAAAUGCGGGUUCCUUAGUAAUGAUAGUGACCGGAAUGUGGGCUGACAGGUUGAAUGGGAAGUGGAUGGUGUUUGUAGGAUUGUUUCUCUGUUGUAUCGGAAAUCUUAUGCUUCCCCUGCUUGCUUCUGAAUCUUUCUGGUUCGCCGUUUUGGCAAGAGUUUCCGUUGGCGCUAGUGAUGCGUGUUUGAUGCCUGCUGUCAAUUCUCUUAUAACACGAUGGUUUCCGCAAGCAGAACGACCGGCUGCAAUCGGUCUCAUUUCUGGAGGUCGUCAAAUUGGAACCCUUUUUAUUCUUCCGACAGCCGGAUAUUUGUGCACUCGUAAAGAUAUUCUUGAUGGAUGGCCAGCCAUUUUUUAUCUUUCGGCGACGAUUUCAGUACUUGUCACAGUGUUCUGGAUACCGUUUGGCGCAGAUAAACCCGCGAAGCAAAUGUGCAUUUCAAGUAGAGAAAAGGAAUUCAUUGAAACCAGAAUAGCAUGUGAAUCUAUAGGAAAGAGAACUGACAGAACGAGACGAGUGCCAUAUGGUGCAAUGUUCCGCUCGAAGCCUCUCUGGGCAUGUAUUUUUGCACUGAUCUGCCAUGAAUACCCAUUAGUCAUUAUGCUACAGUUUUUGCCUAAUUAUAUGAGAGACGUUCUUGAGUUUGCACCGACUAAGAAUGGAAUCAUUGCGGCCCUCCCGAUUCUAUGCUUAUUCCUCUCGAAAACAUUCUCGUCAUCUCUUUCGUCAUAUCUGACUACAAAGCUGAACUUCGACAAAACUUUUGUUUGCAAGUGUUUCAACGCAGUAGCUUCAGCUGGACUUGCGAUUUGCAUUUUUCUCGUUCCAUAUUUCAACAAGGAAAGCGCAUUUCUCGCAGUUUUCUGCUUGUGCGGUGCUAUGAUAUUUGCUGGAUUGCACACUCCGGGAGUGAUUACAGCAAUGGUUCAAAUAGCUCCAGCGUUUUCAGGCAUCAUAACGGGUUGGUCAUUCUUCGCUGUGGCCUGGUUUUCGAUAGGAAACAAGAUUCUCACAAAAUACAUUGUUCAGUCAGGUUCUGUUUCUGAGUGGGGUAUGGUUUUCCGAGUGUCCGCUCUAGUCGCAGCACUUCCCGUUAUUGUGUUCACUGCAUGGGGAUCUGCUGAUCGAGAAUGGUGGGCUGCCCCUUCUUCGAAAUGCUCUGUAGCAUCUUUUCACCGUCCAUCUAUCAGAGAUAGAAGUAGAGAGAUCUCUCGAGCUACUUCGUCAACUUCUCUUGGUCAACAAUCGCGUGUUUCAUCGACGAGAUAA